AUGGAGCCUCCCCCACGCCCCUCGAGCUCGCUUUUUGAUGUCUUUCUGCGCCUACGCCCUUCGAAUGCGGGCCAACGCUUCCUCAGCGUCGAGGAUAGCACGCGCGCUCAUGCGACACACAUCACCAUCAAGCCGCCGUCACAUGACCACCGCAAGCGCGCCGUCGAGCGCUUUGCAUUCACCCAAGUCUUCGAGGAAGAUGCGCAGCAGACACAUCUCUUCCACGGCACCGGCAUCGUGCCCAUGGUCGAGGCUGUCUUGGGCGCUCCUGGACACCAUGGCCGCGAUGGACUCGUGGCUACGCUGGGCGUCACAGGGUCUGGCAAAAGCCAUACCAUCUUGGGCACCAAGUCACAGCGUGGCCUGGUCCAGAUGACACUCGACGCCGUCUUCCAGACCUGCGAGCAGCAGCUCGUACAGUCCUUCUACGGCGCCCCCGCCUUCUCGUCCCUGGCGGCCGCAGAUGUCUCUGAGGCGCACAUGUUCACUGCUUCGGCCUUCCUUGACAAGCUCUAUGGCGACAGUCAACCGGAGCGCCCAUCGUCGCGCGCGCAGACGCCCAUGCAGGACUGUAGCAUCUUCUCGGCAGGCGGCACCGCGCGCUCCCACAAGAUGCCGCGACUGUCAGCCCUACCACAGACACCCUCAGUAGCAGACGUGAACAUAGCCGCGGACCCCCAUGCUGAAUAUGCCAUUGUCAUCUCCAUGUACGAAGUCUACAACGACCGCAUCUUCGACCUCUUGACGGGCAACGCCAUGCGCAGCAAGAACUCGACUUUGAAGCGCAGAGCGCUCUUGUUCAAGAGUACUGAACAGAGCCCAGACCGCAAAGUGGUUGCCGGCCUCACCAAGAUCAUCUGUGGCAACUUUGAAGAGGCCAUGAUGGUCUUGGAGACGGGCCUCCUGGAACGCAAGGUCGCUGGCACAGGAAGCAAUGCGGUUAGCUCACGCAGCCAUGGUUUCUUCUGCAUCGAAGUGAAGAAGCGCAACGCGGCACCAAAGGGCCCCUGGUCAGGCAGCACGCUCACCAUAGUCGACCUGGCAGGCUCUGAGCGCGCUCGGAACGCAAAGACGGCUGGCGAGACGCUCGCCGAAGCUGGCAAGAUCAACGAGUCCCUCAUGUACCUGGGGCAGUGUAUGCAGAUGCAGUCUGACAAUCAAGGCGGGUCAAAGGAUAAGAAUAUUGUUCCCUUUCGACAAUGCAAACUCACCGAGUUACUCUUCUCCAACUCCUUUCCCUCAUCCACCCGACAGGCCCAAAACCACCCCCAACCUCAAAAGUCCAUUAUGAUAGUCACCGCCGACCCCCAAGGCGACUACAACGCCACCUCCCAAAUCCUCCGCUACUCGGCUCUCGCGCGCGAAGUCACCGUUCCCCGCAUCCCCUCGACCUCCUCCACCAUGCAAAUUCCCACCUUCCCCAAACGCCCCGGCACCUCAUGCUCCUCUGGCCGCACCACCCCCUCCGUCACGCACAUUGAGGACCUCGAAGCCGCACACGCCGAAAUCGCCCGGCUCAGCGCAGAAAUUGAAGUCCUAGCCCUCCAACUAGCGGAAGAAAGCAAACGUCGCCGGGCCGCCGAACUCUCCUGGACCGCGGCCCAAGACCACCUGGCCGACAUCGAACAGCAAAUCCGGGACGAAUGCUACCUCGCCAUGGAAGCCGCCGUCGACCAGGAGCGACGCCGGUGGCAGACGGCCCUCGACUACGAACAAGACAGCCAGCAGGCCCACCUGGACUCGAAAAUCGACGUCGUCAUCCAGGCAACCAAGGCGCAGCUCCAGGGCGCCGCCGUCAAGGUCUACGAAGACCCGGACCCCCUACUCCGCAGCCGGGUCGAGCAGCUCGAGCGCGAGAACGAGGUGCUCAGGGCCCGGCUGGAGACUAGUGAGCGUGAGGCCCAGGGCCGAUCGGCGAGUCCGGUGAAGAAGAUGAGGGUGCUCAAGGCGAGGAAGUGGGAGGAUCCGGAGAUGGGGCUUGGGUUUGGGUUGGGUGAUGAGUGA